CACGAAUAGAUAUCAUUUUACAAAUAUAAACAAAUGGACGAUUUUAGUGAACUUCGUCACAGCUCGGGUGACUUUGCAAAAACGACAAAAUUUAAUCUGCCCGAUAAAGAUUCGUUAAUAAAAACAGUACAAAUUAACAAGAGUACUCUUUCGCGUAACGAAGACGUAAGGUCGUGCGUUAACGAUGGCGAAAAUCCAUCAUUUUUCAAAACUUCUGUUUCAAAACCCACGCAGAAGAAGGUUAUUUCUAUAUCGUCGAUUUUACGAUUAUCUACUCCGCGAAGUUACAAGUCUAGCAGCGAUUCACCAGAUUUGACUAAAGUAAAAAUAUCCGCGUUGUUAUAUGAAAUAACAGAGCGGAUGAAACAAUUAGCUCAGCCUCGAUCUCGCAUAACAAAGGCUGAGCUUCCUGAAAAGGUUUUGAAAAGUAAAGCACCAUCGAUGUCUCGUAUAAUCGAGCUUGCAUGUCCAAAAGUGAUUCAUGAUUCAGCACCAAAACCUAUUAAUUCCGUCUCACCGAGCGCGCUUAAGGCAAUCGCUACGCAGCGAAUAAUUGAAUUAUCGCAACCGCGAAAGGAUCGGUGUUUCAUGUUAUCGAGACGUAAGACACAGAUACAUCGAUUAUGCAAUCUUAGAAUCCGUGGUUUGUCGAAAUUGAAGCAAAUGGAUCAUUCUGAUAUCAAGGCGAAAUUACUUAAUUCACCGGAGGAAAAUAAAUUGGAUAUGACGAAGUUAUUGCACGAAUCUUUACGCUUGACUUUCAAUGCCGAUCGUGAUGCGAGACAAAAACGGAAAAAAUUCAAACGGAAAGAUAAACCAAUAAGUGUGCCGGAAGAAAUGAGAAAACGGCAGUCAUCACUAUAUCUUAGCAAUACGAACUCGGACAGAAGCGUCGUUGUUGUCGGGACUGCAGAUUGGGAGAAGAGACCUCGAUUUAACAUCGUUCACAAAUCACGUAAAUCCCGAUAUUGUAAGUCUUCAAAGAUAACUAAAGAAGCUCGUUAACUAUUUGAUUGAAUUUUUAGAAUUUCAAGG